UAAAUUCUGAAAUACGCUUUUUCUUUAUCACUACGAACAAACGCAUCUAUGUUGACCAAUCAGAUACGCGCUCUUGCUCGUCAGGCCACGCGUACGGACUCCCGCAGCAUCAACGUGAGAAGCUUCACGGUGACUGCUGGGUCUAGAACCAGAUCUGUUAGUUCCAAGACUAGAUCUAUUCGCCAUUUGGCCACCAAAUCCUCCACAGCUUCAGCUAAAAGUGCCAGCUCCGCAUCUGCAGACUCUAUCGUUACCACUCCUCCUACGGGAUCGGCCAUCACGUUGAAAUCGGCUACAAGAGAUGAAUCGCAGUUUGGGACUAGACCAAUCUAUUUGGAUGUUCAGGCUACCACCCCUACAGACCCUAGAGUUCUCGACAAGAUGUUGACCUUUUUGACAGGAAUGUACGGAAAUCCACACUCGUCAACUCACGCUUACGGGUGGGAAACUGACAAGGAAGUGGAGAAGGCCCGUGAGUACGUUGCUGCAGUCAUCAAGGCUGACCCCAAGGAAAUCAUCUUUACCUCUGGUGCCACAGAAACAAACAACAUGGCGAUCAAGGGGGUUCCUCGUUUCUACAAAAAGACCAAGAAACAUAUCAUCACAACUCAGACAGAGCACAAGUGUGUUUUGGACUCAGCCAGACAUAUGCAAGACGAAGGCUUUGACGUCACCUAUUUGCCUGUAGACGAGCAUGGCUUGAUCUCAUUGGACGAUUUAAAGGCUGCUAUUCGUAAGGACACCAUCUUGGUGUCGGUGAUGGCUGUUAACAACGAAAUUGGAGUUGUCCAACCUCUUAAAGAAAUCGGUAAAAUCUGUAGAGAAAACAAAAUUUUCUUCCAUACUGAUGCCGCCCAGGCAUAUGGUAAGAUCGACAUCGAUGUCAACGACAUGAACAUCGACUUGUUAUCGAUUUCAUCGCACAAAAUCUAUGGCCCAAUGGGAAUUGGUGCUUGCUACGUUAGAAGAAGACCCAGAGUUAGAUUGGACCCUAUCAUCACUGGUGGAGGUCAGGAAAGAGGCUUAAGAUCUGGAACCUUAUCUCCGCCAUUGGUGGCUGGUUUCGGUGAAGCUGCAAGACUCAUGAAAGAAGAAAUGGAUUACGAUAAGGCUCACAUCACCAGACUCUCCAACAAGUUGAAGGAAGGCUUGUUGUCGAUUCCAGCCACACAAUUGAACGGUUCUAAUAACCCAGAAUCACAAUACCCAGGGUGUGUAAAUAUUUCCUUUGCCUACAUUGAAGGUGAGUCUUUAUUGAUGGCUUUGAAGGAUAUCGCCUUGUCUUCAGGAUCCGCCUGUACUUCAGCCUCGUUAGAACCAUCGUAUGUGUUGCAUGCCUUGGGUGCUGACGAUGCUUUGGCCCACUCUUCUAUCAGAUUUGGUAUCGGAAGAUUCACUACUGAAGAAGAGGUUGAUUACGUCAUCAAGGCUAUCAACGAAAGAGUCGAAUUCUUGAGAAAGAUGUCGCCUUUGUGGGAAAUGGUCCAGGAGGGUAUCGACUUGGACUCCAUUGAAUGGAGUGGACACUGAAGACAUUCACUACAACAAAACAUUUAAUAUUCAUAUGGUUCGAAAUAGAAUAGCGCUCUUUUUUUAGGCUCCAUAUAUCAUCAAUGGUGCAGAGCUUUGGGGAUUGAAUUGAGUUGAGUUGAGUUGAUUUUGUUUUUCACGACGGCGAUGACGACGAUCUGUAUUUAGUGCUUCUAAUAUGUUUGCAAUAACAAUUAUGCUAUAUAUCAAUUUUUAUGUAUUGACUAGUACUUAAAAAGUAACCGUACGUUACUUGGUAU